AUGUUAUUCCUUCCCACCUUUCUCGUUCUUGCACUUUCCAAAGAUACGCGAGCUCAACUGGCACCGAGAGAAGUUGUCGAUAUAACUAUCGAAGCGGGUGACUUAGUCGGUACUGGUGUAAUCGAGUUCAAGUCGCCCGGCCAAGAAAGUGAGAGAGCCUCUAUAUCAGCUUCUACAAGCAGCGAUACUCUAUGCACCUCAACAGCGACAUGUCAGACAAGCGUAUCUACUACCUCUUUAAGCCAGGACAAGUCGCCUAUGCCAACUUCAUUUACUGUUCCUUUUCCUCUCAUCCCUACUACUAGCUACUCAUUCUUGAAUGGCUCUACAAGAGCCACACCAACUCCGAGACCCAGUGCUCCUGUAGUAUCCGAUGCAAUGACCCUUCGUCAAGCAGCUUAUGCUUACCUUGUCAGCUUAGCUUUGAUGGAAUGCUUUUUCUUCUUCUUUUAG